AUGAAUAUUCAACAUAUUUUAUUUGGAUUAUUUGUUAUUAUUCAAUUAGUCAUAUCAUCAUAUGAAGCACCGUUGGAUCAAAAUAAUACUAACAUUACAACUCCAAAUGGCGUCACUGAUGUUGUAACAACACUAAUUACAUCAACUGUUGCACCUAUUGCCACUUCGACAGCACUAACAGCAGAAUCGACCACAACAGAAAGUGUAACCAGCAGUGAAACAAUAAUUGCAUCAACAACAACAACAACAACAACAACUGUAACUACUACAGCUGCAAGUAUAACAACACCUUCAACAACUAAUUCAGCAAUAACAUCAACUCCAACGACAAUGAUAUCACCUACAACUAAAGCACCCGGUCGCAAGUUUGAUAUGUCUUCAUUUAUCGGUGGCAUAAUUCUUACAAUUGGUCUCAGUGCAAUUAUAUUUCUCAUUGUAAGCUAUUUACGUCGUCAUAAUCGAUUACCUUAUGCAAAUCUACGAUAA